ACCCAAGAAUUUUCCCCACCCCGCCAUUCUCCCCUCUCCCACACUCCCUUCUUUUUCUCUCAAACACGGCCACCGCGAAACUUAACCGUGAAUCGUUUCUCCGCCAGCCCCCUCGCCGGUAUCUAUUCUCCGACGGAAGUAAACCCUAGAACCAUAGUACUUGAUAACAGUAGAAUAAUUAAACACACACACACACACACACACACAGUGAUGGCGUCGCCAUACGGAAUUCAACUCGCAGUCCAUAUAAUCUCAUCCUUCUACGGUGACCUAUGCUCGCUGUUUUCGGCGAGCCACCAAGGAUGGUAACCCAAUACAUGGCUCUAUUCGAUAACGUAAUACACAAGUUGAGGGCUCCUAAAUUUUACGAAAUUGUAUCAGAGGAACUUGGCAAAGAUUGUCUAGUAAUAUUUCAGGGGUUAGUUCAACACGGCAGGCUUUCGGUUAACGAUAUGAUUGCUGGUUAUGCAGAUAUAGAAGUAUUUUCUACUGUUUUUCUUUUCCUGUGCAGGUAGUUCUGAAAAUGUUGGGCGAGAAAGCUUCACUAAACUUGUGAAUGCCCGAUUUGUUGAACACUGUCCAGCUCCGGACCCACAUCUAGAACCACAUGUUGUUGAUGAAAAGGGAAAGAAGAAAAAGACAGGUAGAAGAACCACCACUAGAUCAACGUGUUUUGGCAGAAGCUGCUCCAAUGGAGUCGAUGAGAUUCUUUCUCGAAAUGGACGAUCACUCUGAAGAGAAGGGUAAUGAAACUACUACUAGCGUGAAAAGCGGGCAGAAGCGGAAGCAAGAUGAAGGCGAAUUGGAUGCCGAUAAAAAGAAAGAAGUUCUUUGGCGUGUCAAUGUGGAAGAAUUUUUGCGCCGCCUGCGGCAUAAGGCUUGUAUCGCACAUGUCAAAUCAAAGAUUAACGAAGAAGCUGCCAUUGUGCUGAGCGCAAUGUUAGAGUUAAGUAAACAAUCAGAGAGUGGACUGAAAGCUGAAAAAUCUGAAUAUCUCUCCAUAAAUGCUAUAUACGACGAGGUGAUAAAAAAAGAGGGUGGUCUUGGCAUGGACUUCGAACGUGUCAGAUCUUUGCUCGACCAGCUUGGUUGUGAAACACUCUCCUCAGGAAUGGAUGAAAGUUACUGCAUCGAUAUAAAGGAAAUCAUUGAAUUAUCUCAAAAUGAAGAAGUGGAGUCUUUGGUAAUGAGAAGAUAUGGGCCGGAGGCCUACAGGAUAUACAGGUUACUGUCCAAAGCUGGUCGUCUUAUGGAAACUGAAAAGAUUUCAGACUGUACAUUCGUUGAAAAGAAAGCUACAAUCGCGAUUCUGUACAAGCUUUGGAAAGAUGACUUCUUGCAAAUGGAGCAUGUGAAGACGUCUACAGCAAAACAGUCGGACUUUCGGCUAUGGAAGAUGAGAAAUGCUAUCGAUUUUCCAAGAGAGGGAUUCAAAAUCAAUAAAAUGGUACACGUUAAGAUUUGA